ACUAUAUGUAAGUAUAGGUAGCAUAAUAAUAUAAUGUUGAAAAACAAAACAGUGCGAUCUCAAGUGGAAUCAUGAAAUUCUGUUCAUUGGCUGCUUUCAUUGUAGGCUUAGUGAUAAUCGCUGCCGCUGAUGACAUCAAACAAGAAACUAAAGACAGAAUACAGAAAUUCCACAACGAAUGCCAGGUCGACCCAGAAACCAAGGUGGAUGAAGCCAUAAUAGAAAAGCACCUCAAGGACGAACCAAUCGACGAAUCUCAGUUUGCGAAGCACAUCCUGUGCAUGAACGUCAAAUCAGGAAUUCAGAAAGAAAAUGGCGAUGUCGAUAAGGAUGGUCUGAAGAAGUUGAUCAUUGCCGAUACUGAUAAGGUGGAUGAGAUUGUUGAAGAUUGUGGGGAGAGAAAUGGCAUCACUGCUGAAGAAUCUGCACUCGCUUUGUUAAAAUGUCUCAAGAAACAUAUACCCAGACGUGAACAUCAUGAUUGAAUGCAACAAACUCAGAAAAUAAAGAUGAUU